AUGGGUGACGCUGGCCAGGAAACCGUUUUCCCAUGCAGAGUCUGCGGCAAGGUCUACUCGAGGAAAUCGUCCAUGUACACCCAUCUUCGCCUCUGCGGGAAAGCGCCCGCGUUCACCUGCAUUCUUUGCGGCAGACAAUUCAAACUUCACAUUGGCACGCCAAGUAGAACAGUAUUAACAGCUUUAAAGAGGGAACCUGGCACCUUGCAGGAGGUGUGGAUUUGUCAUCGAUGCGACAAACGGUAUCUCAGCCACGGUUCCUUGAGGAAUCAUGUCCGGGUGGAAUGCGGCAAAGAACCGACAUUCGCGUGCCCGAUUUGCGGCCGGAAGUUCAAUGCCGAGGCUGAUGGUGAAAAACAUCGAGAAUCUGGGAUACAGGAGGAGGCCGAUGCUCUACAAGUGCCCGAGGUGCGGCAAGUGUUACCAGCUGGAGACGUCGUUGAAGAGGCACCAGAGGCUCGAGUGCGGCGUGGAGCCGAGGCAGAGCUGCCCGAUCUGCGGGAAGAAGUUCACCCACAGGUUCAAGAUGACCCAUCACCUGGCCUCCUGCAGAAGAAGACGGGAAUAGUGGACUUUCGCGGCGGCUCGGCGACGGGAAACCGAUCGAGGAAGCAUCGCAAGAAGCAUCAGCGGACGUCGCGACGAUCGCGGGGACGAUCGAUUAUCGGUACUGACGAUCGAUACUCGGCGCGCGAUUAUCGCACACGGCUGGAACGCACACGUGAUACAUUUUGGCUUCUGGCGACCAUGCUGCUCUCGCAAGACAUUCACCAGCCGCGGGGCAACAGCGACGCCCUCUGGAACCAGCUGUGCUACGCCGACGCGCCUUACAAGCUGAACCGCACCCAAAGGGUGAAGGAGCAGAAGGACGGCGACACGAAGUACCCGUGCAACAGGUGCGGGAAAACGUACAAGGCGACCACGUCGUUGAGCCGGCACAAGCGGCUCGAGUGCGGCGUCGUGCCGUGCGAGGUCUGCCCGAUCUGCGAUCGGAGGUUCAAGCACAGAUUCGUCUUAAACUCGCACAUCGUCGGAUGCCAAAAGAAGCUGCGGCAUAUCAUGGAUAAGUGCCGCGACUCGCCCGUUUUCGACGAGCCGGAGUAGAGAUAGAGUCCUCGGGAUCAUCUUCCUUCUCGCGGCUCUGUUGCGUCGACUGAUCGCGAUUCGCGUCCACGCCAGCGACGGCGCUGUUGCCGCGAGUUUCAUAGAAUGUCGCGUGGACUCCGCCGGUGACGUCACCGGUCUCCGGAUCGGCGGAGUGGGGAUAGAGGGGCAGUCGCGCGACGCGUCCAAUCGCGGACGCGAGAGCGUGCUUGCUGUCCCCUACUCCAGCGGUACUGCAAGUCCAUGACGUCACGGACCGAGUCACGUGAUGUUUUUGGGAGCCGAUGGCAACGGUGCUGUUGAUACGGAUUCGAGACUGCAGAAUGAGUCGCUACAGAUGCGUCAGUUUUUGCCUAAUUCGCGGUCAGAUUGUGCGUACAAAGAAUUCGGGGAGAGGGGAUGCGAUUGUUCGAUGCCUUGCGGCUCGUUUUUAUGGUUGUCGACAAUUCUAAAAAUCGUGGAUUAUAUAGUAAUCGAUGUUUUAUUAUUAAUAUUAUUGAUAUUAAUGUA